CAAACAACCGUCGGUUCCGCCGCAGACAAAAGUCCAGAUUUAUCCCGGAAGCGUGAAACUCAGCGGGCUGAUAACGAACCGUCCGGUGUUUAAUACUUGUUCGCGUUAGUUGUUGUUGUUGUUCUGGAUGUUCUUGUUGUUGUAACGUCUCGUCAGAAUGAAAACCCGGGAGUCGCCGCCGCCGGUUCACGUCCACGUCCCGGAGACAACACCGGUUCACGUUCACAUGAGGAGGAGUCCCAGCAAAACCCCACAGAACAGGACAAAAGACGUCCAGGCGAGGGGAGAUGGAUCGAGGCCGGGGGUCCGGUCGCCGUGGAUACCUCCGGGAAGGUUUUCCUGCCGCAGAGACGUGGAUGCUUACAAGUGUCAGAGAAGCCGAGCGCAGCAUCAGUCAGAGAGAGAUCAGCGUGGCGGAGAAGAGCAGGAAGAAGAGAUGGCCGCCGUGUCCCUCAGCGUCCUGCUCCGAGAGCAAGAAGGCGUCCGCCGCUUUAAGAGGUCAGAUUCUCGGGGUCAACGCACAGACACAGACGUUCUCCUGAGGACGCUCGUCGAAGCAGAAAUCGACGGCGUGGCAGUAGCCAAUCAGCUGACGGCGCUGAAGGAAACCGUCGACAGCCUCACCAAGGACAAGCGCCUGUCGAAGCUGCACGCCGCCUCGGUGGGACGUCAGCAGGAGUUGCUGGUGGAGAAGAUGGAGAUGUUUGAUCACACGAACCAGAGUCUUCGGGAGCUGCUCAGGGAGUGGAGCGAACACGAGAGAGACUCCCUGGUGUGGUCGGAGCAGAGAGACGCCCUGAAGAAGAGAUUGGACCACAGCGAAACUGAGAACAUUCGACUUUUGGCCAAAUUCACCAACAAGGAGAAAGAGGCGUCCAAGCUCGCCGAGCACUUGGACUUUGAGAAGGACAACGCCAAGACGACGGAGGAGCUCUCGAGAAUCCUGGAGUCGACGCGCGACCACCUGGAGUCUCAGCUGGACCGUGCGGAGGCAGAGAAGGCUCGACUGGCUGCUCAGAUUCAGAGGAUGCAGCAGAGCCAGGAGCAGCAGCACGACGAGCUCCGGGCUCUGCAGGACGAGCUGCAGACUCAGAGGCAGCAGCGGUGGCGGGACAACGGCGUCCAGGAGGAGGCGCAGACUGAGAGCCAGCGGCGGGGCGAUGACGACGGCGAUGACAACAAGGAGGAGACGCAGAGUCAGAGGCAGCAGCAGCGGGACGAUGACGGCGACCAGGACGAUGACGGCGACCAGGACGAGAUGCAGGGGAGGCGAGACCGGGAAGCUCUGGCUCUGCUGACCCAGCAGGCCGAGCGAGCCGAGGAGUCGGCCAGAGAGCUCGCAGGGAAACUCCAGGAGAAGGAAACCCAGUUGGCUCAGGCUCUGUCCACAUCCAGCGACUGGUGCGUCCGACACUCUGAAGAGGCCGCGGCCAAACAAAAGCUGGAAGAGGAAACAUCAGCUCUCAAACUCCAGGUGACUGAGCUGAACUCUCGACUUCAGUCGGCGGAGGAGAGGAGCCGGGCGGAGAGGGAGGAGCUCCGGGAUCAGCUCCAUCAGCUCAGCGCUGAAACGGCCUCCACCGAGCUGCACAACCAGAGACUCAAGGCGGAGUUGAUGUCGUCCGAGGAGAAACUCCGGGGGCUUCAGUCCGAGGCCCGUCACCUGAAGGCGUCGAUCAAAAAGUACGAAAGCCUGGUGGAGAAAUACAAGAAGAAGGUCCAGCAGGCUCGUCUGGAGGCGGAGGACCACUGCCUGAAGCUGGAGGCGACGCAGAAGGAGACGCGGGAGGCGGCGGCGGGCGCAGAGCGGGAGAAGGAGCAGGUGAGGAGGGAGCUGCUGGGCCGACUGCGGGAGCUCGAGACGCUGCCCGAGCGACUGAGGCUGAGCGAGCAGCAGCUGCGGGACGCCCAGCGGGAGGCCGACGCCCACGAGAGGAGGAACCUGGAGCACGGCGCCGCCCUCGCCGAAGUCAGACACAUGGUGGAGCAGCAAGGCGCUCAGCUGGAGAUGUUCCAGCAGAGGAACGUGCUGCUGCAGGAGGAAAACAACGUUCUCACAGAGAAACUCCUCAACGUAGAAAGGAGGCUGGACGACGCGCGGGCAGAGAACCAGGACAUGUCUCAGGCUCUGGCCUCGGAGGAAGCCGGCGUCCGCAGCGUUCAGCAGCAGCUGGAGGAGAAGACGCUGGAGUGCAGCGUCCUGUCACGACAGCUGCAGCAGACGCUGGAUGACGCACAGAGACAGGUUGACGACAACAUGCAGAAGGUUUUGGCCAAAGAGCGAGUGUCCCAGUCCAAAGCGUUGGACCUGCAGAGCCAACUGAGCCGAGCCACGACCGAGCUGAGUCAGCUGCAGAGAAGCAAAGCAGAGAUGGAGCGUCGCUUCCAGGGUCAGCUGCAGAACAUGAAGGACCGACUGGAGCAGUCGGACUCGACGAACAGAACUCUGCAGAACUACGUUCACUUUCUCAAAACCUCGUACGGGAACGUGUUUGGUGAAUCUUUGCUCGAAAGCUGACCUCAAACGUCACCAACCUCACUGCAAUAAAUUACGUUCGUUGAGUAUCUACUUAUAUUUAUCAUAUCUAUGGAAUUAAUAAAGCUGUCUAUUAACGGAAAAUUUAAAAAGUGGGCGUGGUCUCUGUUGCGCUCAAUAUCUGCUGCGCUUUUGUCACGGUACCCCCAAAAAUACUCUUUUGUCCCAUUCAGGAUCCCGUAGAAUGAUGACGCUGGUUUUGACCAGUGAUCUGAUUGGUCAGUAGCUGGUGACCAGUGACUGACUUUGAUCUCAGGUUAUAGCCAUUCAGCAUGAGUUACCAUGGUGACGUAGCCCGGUAACAAAGAGAACCAGAACCAGCUUCCUACGACGGAAAAGUUACUUCGUUAACCGAAACUCUGCAGCUCGUGCGCCUUCUCUUCUUCUUCUUCUUCUAUUGUUUGAUGGCGGUUGGCAAACAACGAAAUGGUGCGUCACUGGUAUGGAGUGUGAAUCAAAAUCACCAAAAAACAAUACAAAAUAAAAGUAAAACGUACAAUAUGAUUAGAUUCUCCCUCACACCUUUAUUUCCCCGAGGUUCUGUAUUAAAUGACUGUAACAUUCAUUCUGUGAAUCUGGCUGUAGAAUCUCCACAAUAUUCAGUUUCAUCUUGAUCCUUCUGAGGUUCUGACUGAGUCUUGUUCUGUACUAUGAUGUGUUCUAUAGUUUCCUCUUGUCCGCAAUUGUCACAGUUUCCUGAGUUAUGUUUUCUGAUUUUGAUUAGCGCACUAUGAAGUUCGGUAUGUCCAAAUCUGAGUCUUGUUAUGAUUGUCUCCUCUUUUCUACUUCUUCUUGUACUUCUCAUCUCUCGCACUUUCUUUUGCAUCUUCUCUGUCUCCCUUUCCUUCUCUCACUGUUUUUUGCCAAAGACUUCUCAAUUUCUGUUUCAUCAUUCCCCUGAUGUCUCUUGUGCUAAUGUUCAACUGUGAUGUCAAUUUGUCUAUUCCUGGUCGCCGGCUUUGCAAUUUUGUCUUCUACCUAAUUUUCUAUUACACCCAAAUGUGAUGGAACCCAAAAGCUUGUGCGCCUUCUUCUUCUCUGGUUUAUGACGGAUCGCAAACCAACGUUUUAAGCCCUGAAUCUUUGAGAAAACUCAAAAGCGCCCUACAGCACUCCCUAGUUUUCUCACUCAUCCCUAAGAUCCCUUCCAAAUCCCAUCCCCGUUCUGAUUCAUAAAUCUUACCACGCAAGAUGUUUCCUCUCCAAAUUAUAUUUGCCCCACCUCAUAAUUACAUGUUCAACCUUUUCAACUACAUUACACACAUCACAUUUAUCUGACAUGCACUUAUUCAUUAAAUACGAAUUCUGUGUCCAAAAUUGAUUCACGUUAAUUGAUUUCUGUUGGCUGUAAUAGUGUCUGUGGCCCACUUCUUCUGCCAUGAACCCCUGACUGCUUCUUUGAUUAAAGAUUUGGCCUCACCAAAAGGGUAUACUUUCAUUAUUUCAUUAUCAUUUACUUUUAACGCUCUCUUUGGCAAUCUCAUCUGCUUUUUAUCGUUUCCCUCCACUCCACAAUGAGCAGGAGCCCAACAACAAAACUGUACAUCAAUUUGAUGUCUUUGUAUUCUCUUAAUAUUAAUAUAACCGUAUUAUUGUUGGAAUGCUGAUUUUAAUUGUGUGAUUUAUAUGUUUUUGUGAAAGCACUUCGUGAAGCUGCUUCUAAAAGGUGCUGUAUAAAUAAAAUUAUGAUUAUGA